AUUCAAAAUUUCAAAACCUUCGAAAGUCCAAAAUCUGCUCAUUUUCAGGCUGGAAAGCUCUCAGGAAUGUUCCUUACUGAAAUUUUUUUCACCAUUCAAUUCUAAGAAACGUAAUGUGAUGUAGUGAUAAAUGACAUUCUCAAAUAUUUAGAUACCUCGAUUGCUUUGUGUUCAUUUUGUUUUGUGUGUUCAGAAGUCGAGUCAGUUGUCAUGAAGUCAAACAUGUGCUUGUGUAUGACUAUAGCUGUAGUAUUUUCGCCUCAAAAACAUUAUCACUAAGUUAAAGUGAGCCUCCUUAUUACUCUUUUCUCUUUCUAUCUGUGAUAAAACAUUCAAUCAUGUACAUUCAACAGGAUUGCUACUCUGAUGAGCUCCGCGAGGAAGUACAUUACACACUGAAGGUCUUGGGUGUCGUCAAAAGCUCCUUAAAGAAGCUCAACUCCAAAUCAAACCUAACAACUGUCUCCAAAAAAAUUUUCAACACGCCCAUCUCUCACCUGGAUAGACAACCUGUUCUUUUGCGUCACAGUGGUGCGAUAGUGCACAUUCCAUCAUUUCUUAUCAAUGCCUGCAAUCAUUUACGCUCUGACUUGACUGUUGAAGGAAUCUUCAGAAAAGCUGGGUCUACCAUUCGUCAGAAAGAAAUAAAGACACGACUAGAAAAUGGUGGAGGUCUCAUGGCAGAUGAUCAUGUCAUCGAUGUUGCCAAUGUAUUGAAGUAUUUUCUAAGGGAACUCCCUGAACCACUCAUUCCGUACAGUCUUCAUGAAACACUCCUCAAGUGCCUCUAUUUAAAAGGCAGAGAAGACGAUGCAGUUCUUUUGACUUGUCUCCUUCUGCCAGCUGAACAUUUGGAUUGCUUAACGUAUCUGAUAGAAUUUCUUAGUGAGGUGAUUGCAUUGAAAGAUUGCAACAAAAUGGGUUCUUAUAACCUAGCCGUUGUUUUUGCACCAAGCAUCAUGCCAAUCAAAAAUAAUAGCUCUCAAGUGCUCUUAAACCAAAACACCACCAACCAUACAAAAAUUUGCAAGAUUCUUUUGGAAAAUGCCUGCCUCCUUGGAUCGGUGCCAGAUUUUAUUUGCGAAAAACUUUCACUGGACACGCAGAGUAAUCAUCGCAGAAGGAGGAACAGUGGCUCCAUCACAAGAAUGUUCAGUGGUUUCAAAAAAAUGGUCGGUAAAGUUAGUUCAGGCGCCUCAGAUUCUAAUCUCAAUUCCAAGUGCAACGUUCCGGUCACUCCCUCUAGCAACGCAAAUCACGCAGUGCCUGUUCUCUCAGCAAAGAAACGCAAAGUUCUAGAUACAUCAACACCAUUCUCUCUGAAGAAAAGGCGAGAGGUGCUCCGUUGCUUACCAGAGGAAUCGCUCCUUCCGAAGUCACCUAUGGUUCCUAAAUGUCUUUCUAGUCGUCUAAAAAUUGCCGAAUCUCGAUCUUCAAACAAUAAAAGUUCAGAUAGUGAAGACAUUCUUCGUGACUGCGCGACUGGCUCAAGGGAUAACUUAUUCAUGCAUAAUGAAAAUCCAACGCAUACGAGCAAAGACCACCAUCAGGAAGCUAUUCGUGGAUCUCAUUCAGCUCUCUCAAGGUUUAGCGAUUAUUCUCGCAGGAAACUGAAAGCUGCCAAACAACUGAGUAAAAGUUCAAGCUUAAAUGCUCUUACUCCGGACGUGCAUGCUGAGAAACCUCUGAUAUCAACCCCCAGAAGAUUAGCCAUGUCGCAGAGCAGCUGUUACUCUCAGUUCAUGGAAGAUGACGUUGUGUGCGUCCCAAAAAAAGAGUACGACGAGAUCAAGACACGGUUGUCGGAAAUUGAAUCGCGAAUAAACACUGAGUUCAACAGCAUUGGUGUCCCCUUAAGCGAUAGUGACGGGAGUCAAGAAGACCUGAGGGCUCCGUCAGAAGUAGACAAAGUCCAGUCUCAGUACCAAAAAACGCUGCUUGAAGCGGGAAGACUCUCCGACUGCUCAACUGACACCAUCGCGCAACACCUGAGCCGAGAACUAAAAAUUCGUCACAGCAGUGGGAGCAGAGUCAUGCGGUCUCCGAGUCUGCGUAAAAUUGGAUCUAUUCGCCGUCGCUCCCAAGAGCGUGUUCCAAAAACACAAUUAUCUCGACAAGCAUCGUUAAAUCUGCAUAAAACGAAAACCGCACAGUUGUACAGGAGCCGCAGUCUCCAGAGAGGCAAGCCCAAUUCCGUAUCAUCAGGGCUGCAACAAAUCAGCGUCAACGGUAUGAAACUUGGUAGAUCGUUCUCGGAUAACAAUAGAAAGCGACCAACAAUCAAGAAAACACCUCAGCCAAUAAUGCUCAAAAACGCAUCCGUAGUUAAAUCUAAUCCCUCUAUUAAUACAAAGCCGAAUGAUGUAAAGGCAGGGCCUCGAGAAGAGUGGAAGAGUGCUGAAAGUUUUCUUGCAAACGAGGGAAUUGAAAAUAAGUCGCACUGGUUGCAUUCGGAUAAACGGGAGUCCAUCAAGCAAAUCCGGGCGAAAAACGCAGGGAUGGUGAUGGAAAAAGCAAAAAUGUUCAGCCAUAUAGCUGACCGCAUGGGUGCUCCACCUCGCAGAGCUCAGUCUUCCGGAAACUUUGUCACAUGCAUCAAAUUGAACACUGUUGAUAGCAACAUUCAAAAUCGUAAAGAACAUCUCCCCAAAAUAUUAGAGCCUCCUCGUAUUUCUGGGAAGGAAAAUCGUCGUAGUGGAGCGAAAGAAAGCGUGGUUUCUCCUAGUGUCUGCAAAACUCCUGUGUCUAGUUUUUUGCACCGAAAUCAGCAGCUGAUAGGCAGUCCAAGCUCUUCUGCAAAAAAACGGCGACAGGUCAUGCGCACUCAAAGUGAAAGAACCCCUCACAAAACAAUUAUAGCUAUUGGCACACCUCGUAGAUCUCCUCGUUUGAAUGACCUUAAGAAGCUAUAGUGCAAUCAAAUCUUACGCUUUACCUGAUCUGUACCUAAGUUUUGCAUUUCUUAGUUUAUGUACUUAAAUCGAGCAGUAUAUGAACCAUUGCUGAAGUAGAUAUUUUACCAAAAGACCCACAUAAGGAAUUUUUGCUUUAAUUUUAAUUCUGAGUUCUAGAAAAUUAGGUUUUACUCGUUCCUUAACAAAAGUGAAUGACUAUUUUAAUAUUUUUUUAUUGAUUUAGCUCUCUGACAUUUUUUAUAUGUUAAUGACCGUGUUACUUUUAGUCAUUAGGGUUAAAUUUAAUUAUAAUAUCGGCUGAGAAAUUAAAAAUCAUUUAAGUUUCCUCAGUCCGGAUCAACAAAAAAUGAGAUCAGAUUUAUAUUUUAUACACCCAUCCUCUAAUUGGAGCAAAAUACAAAACCAUCAACUGUAGAAACUUAUCUCAGGUGUCUUUCUUCGACAAAUCUAUAACUGAAAAAAAAUCCUAAAGUGAAAAUUCACCUUUCGAUUUGACUUAUCAAAUAUAUUUUUUUUUUGUUUGGACAUUAUGAUUUCUAAGGCAGGGUUCUUAAAAAAAAAAAAGAUUCGGGAACAAUCAUAUAUGUGCUUUCAAUUAUAGUUGUUUUGAUUUUUGCUAAAAAUUUUAAGUACUAAUGUUUUAGCAUUUGUUUGAUUCUUAAUGCCCGUUUUCCAGUAGAAAUUUAUCCUAAGCGUCUUAUUCCAAAAAUAUCAAUGUUGUCACUUACCUUAAACUUGUUAAGCAGUACCCAUUAAUCGGUCAGCCACUAUUUUAGCUUUCUAAACAGAGUGUAAAAGUUAAGGCAAGUACUGAUUUCAUAUGUUGUUCAAUUUCCUUCUGAGAAUAGCCUGUCAAGGAAAGGCCUUUUUGUGCACCUUUUUGGGGGAAGUCAACGAUUUUGUUUCAAUGUGUCCUUAAUGAAACCUUAUGAUGGAACAAUCCUUCAGUGAAAGCUUUAACUUGAGUUCAAAGCUGGUCUUGGCUAUACAGCACUGCUAAGUUUUCAGUUUUUCCCGUUGAAAAAUGCUAAUACUUGGAAAUUUCUAUGUUGAAAAAUAGUGAAUUUUCUUCGGAAAAUACACUAAAAAAUUACUUAAGUUGGUCCUGUUUUAUUUCCUGAGGCACACUAAACCAACUGUUGAUACCAUGUCUCAGAAAAUAAAGCGGAAUCAACUUAACCAAAGAACCAAAGCUGCUUUCGACCAAAGAACUUCAAAAUUUCAGCAUUUUCAAUGGUAAGAAAUGUAAACUUUUGAAACUUUGCAAUGUUGUAUUGCUAAAAGGAGCUUUGAAUUCAAGUUAAAUUUUGCACUGCAGGAUUAGCUCAUCAUGAGGAUUCGUUUAGGGCACGUUUAAAUAGAAUCCCUGAGUUUCCCCAAAAGGGGCACUUUUUUGGUAGUUUAAAAUUUUGAAGAAGAGAUCAGAACACUGUUUCAAUUUCUCCUUUAAAAAUUUAAGUCUUCGCUGUGCCUUAAUUUUGGAAUGAUGCGUUAUUACUUUCUAGAAGUUGUUCGUAAAAAAGAAACUUAGGAACACUGCAGAUCUGCAAAAAUGUUAUGCAAGUUCUAAAAUGUCUUAUUUCUUUGUUGCCAUUAAUAUUGUUUUAUUUUAUUAUUUGUCAUAUUGUAUACUAUUUAUCGUUUCUCCUGAAAAUGAUUUCUCAACUUUAACAUUCACAGAUGAAAAAUCGAUUUUUGUGCUAAAAUUACAUUUCUCUUUGAUGAGCAUCAAUCUGGAAAGUAAACCUUCUUUGAGCUACACAAAUGCAAGCUUUUUUUUAAAAAAAAAAAAGAAAAAAAAGGUGGAUCUGGCACAUUGACAACAAUGGAAUUCCUCCAUUUAAACAUAUGCAGAAUAAUCUAUUCUUGUUGGAGCACCUGCCCCUCCGAGAAUGAUUCAUUUCCAUUGGUUUAAAUGGAGAGGAAGCAGUGUUGCCAACUUGCUGGAUCGGCCAAUGAUAACACUUUUCACAUCGCUGACCUCUCUUUCCGCAAACCUUGUGAAAGCUCAUCCCAAUGUUACAUGUCACUACAUAAAACCAAAAAUUCCUUUUGUUUUAAACCCUUUAAAAAUGCAACUGAUUUUAAUCGCUAGUACAGAGCCACUAAACUGGAAAAAUCUAUUUAAAAAUUAGUUACAGUUUCCAAAAUCUACAUUAUUUUUAUUCUCAUGUAUUUUUUCACAUUUUAACUCAGGAAGAUUCGAUCUUUAGACUCAUGUUCAUCAACGAUUUGGUUUUAUUAUAGACGCAAAAACUGAUCACAGAACUUUUUCGCCCUGAAAAAGGGUGUAUUUAUCAUUUUUCAAAGGAAGCAGGAAGCUGAAGAAAAAGAAGUAUACUUUUUUUAUCAACCAUGCAAAGUAGGGGUGAAAAUCUAAAUUCGGUGUCACUAAGAGUAUUUAACUUUUUACAAAUGGGAAAUGGGUCACGAAUUAGAGGAGUCAAAGAAUCUUAAAAUUUAAGACUUCAAAAAUAAAUGUUAAAACUCUCUAAAAUUCUAAGGUUCUUUACUCCUCAAAUAAAAGACUAAUAUUUUAUUUGUAGAAAGUUCAGUGCUUUUCAUAAAAUCUCCAAGGAGAAAACAGCAUCCAAAUCUGGAUUUUGAUCUAUAAUUUUGAACGACAGACCGAGAAGGCAUGCUUUUUUUCUUGAUUUUUUUUAACUUAACUUUUCUGUGCAGAGAGAUAUACAUACUUUAGCCUCUAACUUUGGACCUCCUGUGAAUAUUUUGUGUGUAAAUUUUUUUAAAUGAUGUCUACUUCUUGAAAUGAAGAUAAUUUUUUGUAUUAUCAAUCCCCAAUGAUUUUGUAUCCUACCGAUUCUAACCCCAAUUCAUGCUUGCCAAAUGCAGUCACAUAAAAAUUUAUCAAAGACAUACAAAGAUUCUGUGAAUUGCUUGCUCACUUUUUGAAAUUUUAUUAUUUAUGGCCUUGAGUACUUUGCACUCUAAUUGUGAUUUAACUUUCACUCUGUAUUGUGAUUCAAAUGACCUUGUAGAUAUGUAUUUUUUAUUGAUAUUUUUUAUUGUCUUUUACUUGCCUAACUCUUGAUGAAAAUAUUGUAAAUGUGAUUCUUGUAUCAGGUUCUUACUUUUUAUGAUUCUCUUGUAUCUUUCAUUAAAUGCCUGACCACCAGAAAA